GAAAACAAAUAAGAUAUUGAUCAAUUAUUUAAUAAAUUAGUAAGUUUAUUUAUUAUAUACUUGGCUUAUAAUUAUAGAAUGAGUGAAAAUAAAUUUUAGCAUGAUGGAAUUUAUGCUUUGCAUGUUAUCUAAAACUAACAAAAGCAAAUUAAUAUGUAAAACUAGCAUUAAAGGAAAUCGAGUGUGACUAGCACUGUUGUUGGAUAACAUAAUUAAAGUGUUUCGAGCUAACUUAAUUAAAAUGGUAUGAAUAAAGUUUAGCUAUAGAAUUAAUAAAAAGAGAACUAACAAAAUAGCAGACAUUAAACGUCUUAAUCUUACGCUGACUUCAUAGCAGAGAAAGCAAAUGAGUAUAGAUAACACAAAAAUAGCAGAUUUGAAUAAAAAAUGCAGCCUUAGCCUCCUUAACUCUCUUAGCGCAGUCCUAAAGGCAGCAACCUUUCAGUUUGGGCUACUGAAAAGGAGAAUAGAUUUGACUGGAUAGGCAAAGAAUAGAAGAAAUACUUCUAAGAAAUUAAUGGACAGUUAAAAUCUUAUAAGGAAAUUUAAGUUAAUCAAAGUACACAAGGUUCUUGGUAAAAUUUAAUAGAUAAAACGCCUAUAACUGAGCAAUAUUAGAAAAAGCGAUCUCUCUCAAGAGAUGCUAAUACAAAAUAGAAUACUCUGAGAGUUCUUCAUCCCGAAUAACAAGAAACCCCUCGAUUUAACCCUUGCUUCAAAGGUGUUGUGAUGUAAGAGCAAAUAAAUCCUUUAAAACUUGAAGAAAGAGCUAGGGAAAAUAAAAUUCAGAAAAAGCACUAAAAUAAUUUAUAGUCAUAUGAAAAGAUUGUUAACAAAGGUGUAAUACCAGAUACUACAGGAAGAGAGAUUGCAAUUUCUCGUAGGAAGUCAACAGAUAUUAAAAUGAAAUAUGAUUACUCAACACGAGUAGUCUUAAAAACCGAAGAAGGAGUACCAAUCAAAUAUAGUCCAUCUAAAAUAAGAUAAAUGUAUGAAGAUGCUUACAAUAAUAAUAUGAGCAGUGUAAUAUUUUAAACUGAUAUUUCUCAUAGUAACGAAUCAUUUGUCUUGCCUUAAAAAAUUACAUAAUCAAAAUUCAUUUAAUCAGUAUCAACUUUAAAUAAUUAUGAGACUCCCAAUGCUGUUAUCAAUCCUCAGAUUAACAAUUUCUUAGAAUAAAAGAGUGUUAUAAAUAAUUAAUCUAAUAUUUUAAAAGAUUCCUAACGAAUUUCUAAGCCACCACUAACUUAAAAUACUAUUGUAGAAAAAAAUAGCAACAAUAACAAACUGAGCAUAUAGUAGCAACAUUUUUAAAAGUCAUAAAAUAAUAAAGAUGUAUAGUAAAAUAGCUAACCUUCUAAUAAAAAUAAAGGUAAUACUAGCUAAUAAACACAAAACAAUACUUCUUCUAUUCAUUGUCGUAAGAGUUCCUAAGGCUAAUUGCUUAAAUAGGAAUAUUCAACAUAAAAUAACGAAUAGACUAAUGUAAAGAAAAAUUAAAUGGAAUUACACAACAUUCCAUAAGAUAAAACUCCUGAAUAAAUAAAAAAGAACUAUUAUAAUGUAGACUAUAAAUUCAACUAAAACAGAUAGAGAUCGAAUUCAAAAAGAAGGUCAUCCUAGACUGAUGUUUUAAGAGCAGGAGAUAGACUUUGGACAGAUGUAAGGGAUCAAAAUUAAGAAGAGCUUAAUAAAGAUCCAAGUAGGGAAAGGCUAAAGACUAAUACUUCAGACAGAUAUAAUUUUUAAGGAAACUAAGAAUUCUGGCAGAGUUAAAAAUAAGAAUAAUUGUGGAAACAAGAAAUGAAACUUAAAGAAAAGUAAAAUAACAAUAUCAUAUUAGACGAUCGAAAGAAGAUAAAUAGAAGAACAUAAAGUUUAAGUACAAAUUUGCUGACCGAAAACUCCACAAAUUUAAACGAUUUAAUCAUUACUGAAAACUAAUAAUAGAAUAAUUAAAAAGAAAAUUAAUUAAACCAAAGCUAAAAAAUAUAAAAUCCAUAUAAUAAUAUAGUAAAACCAUAGUAGAGUCAGAUUCCCUUCUAGAUACAGCCUUAAAUAGAUAGAAGAAAUAGUAUUAACAAUCCUAAUAACAGUAAUAAUUAAAGAUUUAAUACAGUAGAAAACACAACUUUAGCUGCUUAGAAUAGCUUAAGAAACUCUCCUUAUAGAACUAGGUAAAAUAGUCAAUCAUAUAACAAUAAUGACUAUAAUUGCAUUUAAUAUUAAACAUUUACCCAAGAAAACUCUAAGAACAAUACUCCAAGAUAAUAUGAUUACAGUCCAUAGUAAAGAGUUCAAACUAAAUCGAUUGAAACAUCUAACAAAUAAUAUGAUAGAGAUUAAACCCCAAAGCAUUUCUAUAAUAUCGAGUUUAACCAAGCUAAGGCAAUUAAGUAAAAAAUGUAAAGAAGCUAGAUCUAAUUUUGA